AUGGUCUCGCUGGGCAAAGAAGACCGGCCGGAAACUUACCAACCCAUUAAGCCUCACGUUGAGAUACCUGGCGAGAAGGUCAAUCCCUGGCUCGAUGCUUUGGAUAAACUGGCCACUCCAGCCGACCACAAUGUGCCUGACCAAGUGCUACUCGACAGGGAGAUGCGUGAUGUGGAAGGUCAUUCUGAAGACAAAGGCUGCGCUAUUCCAGAAGGUAUGGAGGCAGACGCAGCAACGGAGGUGCUCAAUGUUCACGUGUUCGAGUUGCUGUCUGUUGAACACGCCCUGCGUGAUGGGGCCAAGGCGAUUGGAGCGGCUAACACCCCGUAUGAAGAUCGAGUGGCGUUGGUGGAGAAAAAGUAUUACGUCGCCGGCGGCAGAGCGCGAAUGAUGUUCGCUGUCAAGACGAGCAGGGCCAUGGCCUCGCUUGACAGAGCCCUUAUGGCCGUGGGCUCGCUAAAAUCCUUCGCUGAAUUUGAUACCGGGGUGCUGUCUGGCGGUACAGUUAAUCGACUUCUGGCUCUGUACCGUGGCGGGAUGGACAAGACUCAACAGCGAAUUGUAAGCUCGUACGCUGUUCGAGAACUCAGUAUCAAACUCGGCCCUGAUAAAUUUCUGGAAGCAGUGAGCUUACUUCAGAUGAACCCGUCAAUGGAUGGAUUCAUCUUUGAGGGAUGGGUCAUCGGGUGUCUGGCACAUGGUCCGCUGACACUCAAGCAAUUGGCUAGCGGGGGAAACGUUGAGUGGAAACAAUAUCCUCUGGUUCACUUCGACAUCACGCAGCUGCAGCUGAAACUGCAAGCCUUAUCCACGAAACAGUGGCUUGUGCCGUUUAAGUGGAACCAAAGUGGCUACGGCAUCGUCUUCUUGGACAAGACGAGGGGUGUCGUUCGCUUUGUCCAGGUGACAAGAGCAUUUCUUGUCACGACAUGGAGCUACAGAGCCAGGAAAUACAUGGGUGAGAGGAAUAAGCGAGCUGGAAUUCACGACUGGUAG